AUAAAAAGAUAUCAUCUAAAAAACAAUUAACAAAUAAGAACAAGCAUGAUAAAUUUGUUAUUAAUAAAGAAGAUGCAUUAUCACAAUUAGAAUGUCAAAUUGCUUUAGAAGAAUGGCAAUUAGAGCUUGAAAAAAAGAAAAAAAAACUUUAUGAAAAAAAACUAAAAAAUUAUGAAAAAGCAUAUAAAUUGGGUAUUGCAGAAGAAUUCAAAUAUGAAAGUUAA